CGCUUGAGAAACGAUCUACUUCUGGUUGAGUCGGGUUAAUUUGUUUUGCAGCUUGUGUUGCCUCCAGCUCCUGCCUGUAACGCCCCGCGGUGUCUCUGGCUCUGACCUCAUCGUUUACUCUCCAGUGUGUGACUUGGUGACUGCAGGUCGUUCUCAGCUGGUCUCCUUUAACCUCGGCGGGAGCCGGACUGCAGUGGGUUAGCAUAUUUGAAGAAGCUAACGUUAGCGUUAGCCGCAGGGAUGGCGGAGGUUCCCGGGACAUCCAGUGAGACGAUAACGGAGACUGUUCAGACGAACACGCCGCCGCCGCCACAGCAGGAGGGACGAAGCUUGACAAUCAAGUUGAGGAAGAGGAAGACUGAGAAGAAGGUGGAGUGGUCGAGCGACACAGUUGAUAACGAGCACCUGGGAAGAAGAUCAUCUAAGUGUUGCUGUAUUUAUGAAAAGCCCCGGCAGUUUGGAGAAUCUUCCUCUGAAAGCGAGGGAGACGACGAUGACGAAGGCUGCGGCAGUGCCAACUGCAUCCUGGGUCAUGGCAGGAAAGGACAUGGACAGAGGCCUGAUGGCGGGAGCACAGCACCCCCCAACUCUGGAGGGACGCACAGCCAUUAAUGUGCAACUCGGUGUAUUCGGGUGGGGGGUUAAACAUUAAAAACGGCACUGCUGUUUUAGUUUAGUUUCCCCAGCGAGCCUCAGACAGACCUGAGGUCAGAAAGUUCCAGCUGCUGGAGCGCAUCAUGAUGGAAGUUUACCAAUUUAAAUCUGUUGUUCUCAGAAGCAGCUUAGUUUGAAAUGAAAAACUUGUUUUAAAACAAAUAAUUAAGACGAUAGAUGGUCAGGGCUCUAUGCUGUCACCCUGGAGCUCCAGGCUUCAUAUGGCUGCUACACUUUCAUGCAUGAUUAUACCGGCACACUUUCGAGUUUUCUUUUUUUAUUACUUAAUUCUUAAUUUACCCAAUUUGAUUAUGAAAUUCCCGCAAAUUUGUCAAUUGUAUGGUUAUAAAUUGAGAUAAAGAGGAAUGACUUGAUUUCCAGCUUAUCUACAUUUAAAUGCGAUUCUAGAAAUCUCAGAAGCUAUUUUUAGGCUCUGGUUGACUGAUUAUAAUCUUCUUAAAACGCAGCUUUUUUUUAUGUCUUAAGAUGUUUAAAAGUUCUUCUGCAGAUGUAAAAGCUCUCUGCUCUUCUCCAGCAGCUCUUUGGACUUUCUGACUGUAAGCUGUCUUUGAAGCAAAGCAUGAUGGGAGAUAGGCGCUGCAUUUUACACUGAUGCUUUGUGAUCAGCUUCAUGUUGGUCGUUCACAUUAGAACAUGGAGAUUUACUUUGCAAUGCCACCAGAAUGACUCGAGGCGUGCAGAGAGCUUUAAUAUUGUGACCAGUAUUUAAAACGGCGGAUUCUCUGGGGACCGCCGGACACAAAACCACAUUUAACUUCAUUCAAAUUCUCAUGGAAGUGUUUAUUUUCUCUUUAGGUUUUAGGAAGUGUUUCAUGUUCAUCUGCAAAGAUUCAAAUAGUUCUUUUAUAUCCACUUUUUUUCUUUUAAAACAAAUUUACCAAGAGAAAACUGACUUGGUUCUCCUGCCUAAGAUAAAAUCUCUGCAGAGAAUUUCAGUUUGCCGCUUUUCCACAUGGCGCUGAUCUUCUGUGUUAAAGUCUUCGAUCCGAUUUUGUUUUCUGAUGACCAGGUUUCCUGGGACUGUUGUCAUAGCAACUGGACGAUGAAAACCUCUGAAAAGGUGUGCAUUUUCCCUAAAGACUAAAAACCAGGUUUUCUUGAGGCAUCAAGCCACUGAUUCAUAGAAGUUGAUCCCAAACUGCAACAGAAAAGCUUUGAGAAUCAAAAGAAAAAGUUUUUAAAGAGGCAAACUGCUUGAUUCAGACCAGAACACUGACCGUCCCUUUACUGCUGACAAUCUGUUUCAAUUUUACAGUAAAACGAUGCUGGAGAAAAUGGAUUCUAAUUCUUUUUAUAUGCUAAAAUAAACGUCUGUGAUGCUAAAAUGGUGAAAGCUAGCGUUAGCCGAGUUUAACCUACUGCCAUAUAACUUCAGCCAAAUGCACACAGCAGGUUUAACUUGCCUGUUUAGCUUUGUGUUUGUGAAAUCAGUGAUGUUAACCGGUCCCAAAUACCCAGUGAGCCAAUGACGGCAUUAAUCUGCUGUCAUUUUAUAACCAUGAUUCACCUCAGAAUGAUUUCAAUCCUGAACCAUCACUCAUUUCCUGUUUGAUAAAAGUUUAAAUUAAUCUAAGAUCGACGUGAGUCCUGCUGGGUUUAAAACAAUUAGCUGAAUAUUUUUCCGGAUUUUCAAAGACAGGCUGAUUGGCAAAAAAAUGCUUAUGUUUCAUCGUUUUAGGCCCAAAUUUUUAAAGUUACACCAAUUAAAAGGCAAUUAUCAACAAAAAGAAAGACAGCGUUGCUUUCUCUUAGAUUCCAGUGAGAUGAGAACAAUUCCUCCCAAAUAAGCUUAAAUGGCUUAUUUGUUUAAAAUGUAAAAAUAUUCUUUUUUAAACUAACGUGAAAAAGGCAGAGCUGACCUAAAAAUGUGCAUUUAAAAUAAUCCGUACCGUUGGUGGUUAAUAAUGACUAAAUUAGCGUAUAGACGCCAUAUAAGGGGGUUUCUACCCAAACAGUUUAACGUUGAAUCCUUUUUUUCUUUAAACUUUGUUUUAGAUGUUCAUGAGUAACAUGAGAUUAGCGGGAAACGCCGCCUCAUGUUUCCCCGCUGAGAUGAGGCAGACGGGUACGAGCUCUCUGCAUAUAAACCUGAUGAUAGUGAUCGUUACUGAGCUCCGUUCCGGUGGCUAAGAGAGCAAAGUAACCUGGAUCCCAGAUUAUGCUGCAUUCAGGACAGAAGUAUGACGACUGCGGCUUUCUUUGCUGUGACUAGAAUGUCCUUUUAUUUUUCGUCUUUGCACAGGUUUCUAUGCUGUUUGUUUAUUUAUACCAUCUCUGCACACUGACUACAGCAGUGUUGUUCUGGUAAACACAUUCCUGUAUAUACUGUUGGCAUAAUGAAGCUGAUUAUAAUGUGAAAAAAUAAAGUUUUGAACUGUGCUUAAAGUGA